GGCAUCAUGAACCAAACGUUCCUCUCAGAACCAGCAGUUCAGUCUGAGCCCAGUUCCGCUCUCAGCACGACACACCUGGAGCCACAGCUGGACUUCUUUCAGGGUUUGACCUGAGCAUCCGCUGGAUGGUCCUGGGGUCUGAGGGGACUUCUGUUUGUCUUUCACCUGGUUUCAGACGUCAGAGUGGAAAGUUUCAGGACGUCACUGAAUCAUUUUCUCAGUGAGGGACACAAACUGACUUUGGAAAAAACUUGGUGUUGGAGAUGUUCUGCUACAGACGGGUCGUGCAGCAGUGGUGCUUUGCUCUUUUCUUACUCUGCUCUCCUGUUCCGCACCACGGACGCACCAUCGAUGCUCUCAGCAACCGAAUGAAACGCUCAGUGACUCAUGCUCAGCUGAUGCAUGACAAAGGUCGGACGCUGCAGGACCUAAAGCGUCGCAUGUGGCUGCACGAGCUGCUGGGCGACGUCCACACAGCCGACAUCCGCGACAUUCCCGUCCGGGCCACCAUUGGGAGCGGCACCAGCGGCGGGCUGCCGGCCAUUGGCCUGGGCAUCAACCUGAGCACCACGGACAGCACCCUCCACUCUAAACCACAUGGAGGAACCAAGAACCUCCCCAUCCCCUUCCAGCUGGAGGAGGAAGAAGGAACCAACCUGCCACAGGAGACCAACAAGUCUCAGACAUACAAAGACGGCGUGCUGAAGGCAUCUGGUAAAAAGAAGAAGAAAGGCCGGUCUGGCAAGAGACGGGAGGGUGAGAAGAGGAAGCGGCGGGCACGGUCAUUAGGCUGGAGGCUAGACGAGCCCGGGAGUGGUCUCCCCCUGGAGUGGCGGUACCUUCUCGGCCUACAGAGGGCGCUGCAUUGAAACGCUGUCAAUCUCUGACAAAGACUCCUUCGGACAGUUGGACUGGACUCCUAAAUAUUCCUGUUACAGUCGUCUGUAAUAGUGAUUGUUUGGACAGAAAUUGGAAAAUAUUUAUUGUCUGUAAAUAUUCUAAAUGUAGCAGAAUAGAUAGAAUAUGAUAAUAAUAAAAUUAUUUGAUGCUCUCUGGGGCGACAGAUUUUACUCGUUGUGAAUCUUUGCUUUUGUUACCUUUUUUAUUCCAAUUAUGUCAGAUGUUUUGCAGUAAUUUAUUUUGUCUGAAUGGUGUAUUUAUUUUGUAAAUGUAUCAAGGUGCUGCUGACCUUCUAUAUUUUUGUACAAUAAUGCACUUUACAUACAUGAAUAUAUACCAUUAAUUUUGUUGUUUUUGGGGUGAAAUGAAGAAAAACAGCAGUUGUAAUUCUGUGUGAUUCUUCAACUGACGAUGAGCUCUAACUUUUUGUUUCUUGCUGCUGUUUUGUUUGUUUAUGUUUUUGAGGCGUUUUCCCAUGAUGCUUCAGGAUGGCGACAGCCUCGCCUUGCGUCUUUGUUUCUUCCACAAACUGCUCUGCUUCACAACAAAAACCUUCAUAUUUGUACAUAAACCAAAAAUGUAAAAGUUUUGUUUUUGGCCCUUGCACUGACAUGACACCCUGUACUGAACAGAUUAAACAUUUGACAUUUCACCUCUGA